CUCCUCCUCCUCCUAUUCCUUCCAUCGCUAAUACUAAUCAUCCUAUCAACAUCCCUUCUCCUUUCACAGGCAUGCGGUUAUGUUGUGCACUUGAUAUCCGCCGCCCUCGAUGUAUCGCUAUGUCCAAACCUCGCAUUCAAGAAUACGCCGAGGUCUUUCAAAAUAGUUUUCCGGUGUUAAAGUGGCCGGAGCCGAUUGUGGAUGAUGAGAUUGAUCAUGUGGUUGAUUUCGAAGUUCCUGUAUCGAAUCAGAUUAAGGAACGUGUGGAGGCGGUUAAAUCCAUGUUGUGCUCCAUGGACGACGGUGAAAUAACCAUCUCCGCCUACGACACCGCGUGGGUCGCUCUCGUGAAGGACAUCCACGGCAGCGGCGCUCCCCAGUUCCCCUCCUCCCUCCGAUGGAUCGCCGACAAUCAACUUUCCGAUGGUUCUUGGGGUGACAGCGAAUUAUUCUCCGCCCACGAUCGUCUCAUCAACACUUUAGCUUGUGUUGUUGCUUUGAAAUCAUGGAAUAUUCAUCUGGACCAAUGCGCGAAAGGCGUGAAGUUUUUUAAUGAAAAUUUAAGCAAGCUCGAAAAGGAGAAUGCAGAGCACAUGCCGAUCGGGUUCGAGGUUGCUUUUCCAUCUCUUCUCGAAAUCGCUGGUAGUUUAAACAUCGAGAUUCCCUACGACUCUCCCGUGUUUGAAGACAUAUACAAUAAGAGAAAUCUAAAGCUUACAAAGAUACCAAAGGACAUAAUGCAAAAUGUGCCCACAACUCUACUCCAUAGCUUGGAGGGGAUGCCAGAGCUGGAAUGGGAAAAGCUUUUGAAAUUGCAGUGCAUUGAUGGAUCAUUCCUCUCCUCUCCAUCCUCCACUGCCUUCGCACUCAUGCAAACAAAAGACGGAAACUGUUUGCAAUAUUUGAACAAAGCUAUCCGCAAAUUCAAUGGCGGAGUCCCAAAUGUGUACCCAGUCGACCUCUUCGAGCACAUCUGGGUUGUUGAUCGACUACAGCGGCUGGGGAUUUCAAGAUAUUUCCAGCCAGAGAUUAAAGAUUGUGUGGAGUAUGUUUACAGAUACUGGACCAAAGAUGGAAUCUCAUGGGCAAGAAAUACUGGAGUCCAAGACAUUGAUGACACCGCCAUGGGUUUCAGGAUAUUAAGAUUACACGGUUACGAGGUUUCUGCAGAUGUAUUUCGAGACUUCAAGAAAAGCGGGGAGUUCUUCUGCUUUGCGGGACAGUCGAACCAGGCGGUGACCGGAAUUUUCAACCUGUACAGGGCGACGCAGGUGAUGUUUCCAGAAGAAAAGAUUCUUGAGGAAGCGAAGAAGUUUUCGUUCAAGUUCUUGAGGGAAAAACAGGCUGCUAAGAAGCUGCUGGACAAGUGGAUCAUAAUGAAAGACUUGCCUGGUGAAGUAGGAUUUGCAUUAAAGUUUCCCUGGUAUGCGAGCAUGCCAAGAGUGGAGACCAGAUUUUACAUAGAGCAAUAUGGUGGUCAAGGUGACGUUUGGAUCGGCAAGACUCUUUACAGGAUGCCCUAUGUGAAUAAUAAUGUCUAUCUUGAACUAGCUAAGCUGGAUUUCAACAAUUGCCAAGCUCUCCACAGAAAGGAGUGGGACAGUAUGCAAAAAUGGUUCACAGAAGGCAAAUUCGGUGAUUUUGGAAUGAGCAGAAGAUCCCUUCUUGUAUCUUACUUUCUGGCAGCGGCCAGUAUUUUUGAGCCUGAAAGGUUGCCGGAGAGACUUGCAUGGGCCAAGACAGUUUUCCUACUGGAGACAAUCUCGUCUUACUUUGAUGAUGAGAUCAACUCCCGCGAGCAGAGAAUGGCCUUCGUCCAAGAGUUCAAAAACAUCAAUUCUAAUUUUGCACCUGCAGGACACAUCAAUGGAAGAAGAUGGGUGACAAAAAGGGCAAGACGGGAUCUCAUUGGCACAUUGCUAACUACCCUGAACCACCUGUCCUUGGACGCACUGGUGGCGCGUGGUAGAGAGAUUGGCCCUUAUCUACGCCAUGCUUGGGAGAAAUGGUUGGUGCUGUGGGCGGAGGAAGGCGACAUGUACAAAGGGGCGGCAGAGUUGCUGGUGAAAACGAUAAAUCUAAACUCCGGGCCAUGGCGCUUGGAGGAUUCAUUGUCUCAUCCUAACUAUGAAAGACUCACUAACCUCUCUAAUAGAGUAUGUCAUCGGCUCAGUCGCUACCAAAUGCUAAAGGAACAUGACAAUGGAAACUAUGUGACUGAUUCAGACGGCAUCAUGGACCUGAAAAUAGAGACAGAGAUGCAAGAACUUGUCCAGUUAGUGCUGCAAAACUCCUCAGACGACAUAGAUACUUCUUUGAAGCAAACGUUUUUGAUGGUGGCAAGGAGCUUUUACUAUGCUGCCCAUUGUGACUUGGGGACGAUUAACUUUCACAUUGCUAAAGUACUUUUUGAAGCAGUUGGUUGAACUUGGAAUGCUGUCCUAUUCAUUGUGCAUAAUUGCUUUCUUAAUCACAAAUAUAAGUGCCAUUGGAUUUAAUAAUUCAUAUAUUCUUAU